AAAAAAUGACGGAGCUAAAAUUAUCCGCACAUCAGUAAGUUAGUUAAUUAUCUGCCAGCAGCUCGUUAAAAAUGUAGUUAAUAGACUGUUACAGAAUUGCUUAUUUUCCCUAUUACAAGUAAGAGUUAGUGUUUGGAGAGCACGAGAGAAGCGUAAGAGUUGCUUGGGACGCAGCCAAGAGCAACUUUAACAUUUACGAUAGCUUCUCUCAUGCCCUUCAAUCUUUCAAGUUAAUUAGUUGGUUUAAACAUGAAAUGAACUGAUGACCAGAGACAUUCCAGUACCUUUUGGCUCUGAUAGUAAGCUGGUAAAAAGUGCGAAAGGAACGGUUUGUAAGAAAGAACUGACACGUCCAUAAAACAAUCAUACAGGUACCUUUUAUGGAUUGCUUUCAAAAUUUCCAACGAUUGUUUAACGGUAAGUCACCCCGGGAUACAGUGUAUGUUACGUUCUCUCAGUGCUCAAUAUCUAUAUAGCAGAUUUCUACUCCCUGAAUAUUCCUGUGAGGUUUUUAGUAAUUUUAGGUCUUGGGUUCUUUUAUUGUCAAGUGAAAGCGACGGUGGUCUCGAAUUCAACUCCUCCACGUCUUGUAAAUAGCCGGCAACUGGUCUGCCUCCCACUAGUUUUUAACACGCGUUUCUGUUUACUUACAAUAUAUUUGUUUUGUUUAUCUAAAAGGGCCACGAUGUAAAGUACUGAGAAACCAGUAGUUGUGUUUACCCUAUAAAGUUAUCAGUUUAUUUAUCUAUUUUAUUAUUAUUAUUAUUAUUUCACGGUCCAAUUAUCACCUAGCGUGACCUGACUAUUAAGCGGUUUUCAACAUUGAGUAUCGAAAGUUAUCAAGCAAUUACUUUGGUUUUGGUUUUGGUUUUACUGCGCUUUCAGAUUGACCGAGUAGUCUAAAUUGCUAAGUGACUGUUUUGGUUCUCAAUUGAAAAUUGCUCUAGUCAUAAAUAGGCUAAACGCCUCACACUCUGGAACUUCCAGUGUUGCAUGUUUAAUAAUAGUUUCGUCAAACAGGGAAUUUUUAAAUUUACCCUGUAACCGGUUACACAAGAUAGUUUGCGAUAAUGUUCACUAAAAAGGGGUAACGUCACGACUCUCUUUACGUUACAAUUUCCUUUCCGGAAAGCCGUCAGAAUGCAUGCGUGAUCUAUCACGUGAUUAUAUGCUGUUUGAAAACGAAACCAGACGCAGGUUCCGGGAAUAUUAAGAAUCACGAUUUAUACUUCCACCGAAUGACUUAAACGCUGAAAGGAUAUGAACAUCGACACCAUUUUAUACAAAAUGGAAGACCAAAGGCUUGAUGAACUGAGUGAAACUCAGAAUGAAACAGAACCACUUCUUCGGCCCGAGUCAUCAGCAACUUACUUACACUUCCGGCCUGGCAGAGAACCACAGCAGGCUAAUAGAUUCACUACAUUCGUCCUGUCUGUUUUUAAAGUUACCUUCUGCUCGCUUGGAUUGUGGGGACAUCAAACAUGGAACUACAUUCCUCGAGUUCUAUUCAGCGCAAUUUGUAUUUUUCCCACCGUUUUUUGGAUCUUCAAUUUCAACAGAAUUUCUCGUCAAGAUAUUACUACGCCUGAUACUAGUGCUGAAAUAAUAUGUUUUACAUUAUUAGUUCCUCUUGCCGGUCUUCUCUCUUAUAUUGUUUUCACUGAUUGUUUUAUCGCAGCGGGGCGUAAAGACUCGGCCUUGGUAUCUCCAUCUGAAACGAUGAUGCUGGAUAUUCAAAGAACGGACAUCUUCUUGUUAUUUCUCGCUUUUGUUUUCAUUAUUAUUUCUUUUUUAAGCACGUGGGUCCUUUCUCUCAAAAUACAACCCACCGAUGUCCCUGAUGAAGCGGCUUUUACAGUACAGUACUUGGCUCAUUGGACAUCAGUCACCACUUGUCUCGUCUUCGCUGUCAGUUCCUUUACACUCGGUACUAUUGCACAAGACGCCUUCAGGCUAAUCCGGGAUGUUCAGAAUGGAACCCUUGAUGACGUGAUAAGAAUUCAUGAACAUCUGUGUACAGUUGUUUUCAAUACAGUAUCAGCUUACAGCGUUUGGUUUGUGCUACACUGGUUUACUUAUGGAGCAGCCGUCGUUGUUACCGUCAUACUUUUGUCAGAAGGGUCUUCCUCGCUUUAGCCUUUGUUGGUCUUCUAUACCUGUUUGUAUUACCCUGUUUCUGUGCGGCCAGGAUCACAAGUAGCUGUGCUGGUAAGAGCUUUUAUGUAGACAACAAUUAACGAUGAGAAAGUAAUAAUUUAUAUUAUCAUUCGUUACAUUUUGUCUUCCUUUUCAUUGUCCGAGAGGCCACCGCGUGACCUGCAAUGACUGCCUACAAAAAAUGGUCUGCUCAUGCGCAAUUUCGUCUAAAUGUGUUUUGCUGCAAAUAAUAUUCUACUCAUGGGUAAUUGUAACCGCACUCUUGGCGAAAAAUGGCAGGUCGCUUCCCUGAGCUGACGAUAGUGAUGUAAAUAUCAAAACAAACAUGGUGAUCGAAUGAUAAACAAUUAUUGGACUCGAUUUAUCAUUAUCGCAAAAUAUCGUGAUUUGUCAAUGUAUUUGCAGAUCAGUUAUCUGUGCUCUACGAACUUUCCACGUGCAUCCAUAACUCGAUAUGGGCACAGCUAAAAGCAUGAACCAAUUCUUUUAUAACAUGGCGAC